AUGGUGGAGAAGGAUCAGCGUUUAUCUGAACGGGUACUUGACUUCCAACCGGUUACCGUGGAUCUACCGAACAGUUUUGUUGCAGUUUUCGAAGCCGUCGAUUAUAAGCCGGCUAAAAGUAAGUGAAACGUUUUUGUUAGACAUUUGAGCUAUUGUUUUAGAUAAUAAAUAUAUUUUGGGAGGGUUUUUAGUUUUAAAGAAUACAUGUUAUGUUUACGAGGUGAAAAUUAAAGGAAAACAUUAUUUUUUGUAAAUUUUUUUUUGUUUUUUAAAUACUUGCUAUUAAAAUUACGCUUUCUAGAGCUAUGGGAGUUGAACGUGAAGCUCAUGGAGCCAGCGUCUAAAAAAGAACUUGGCUCAAAGAAAGUGAAAUGGCCACAUUUCGACCCUCCGCAGCAGUUUUCUUACGACUAUGAAGGGAAGAACUUGGUAUGGGAGAACGAUCAAGACGUCGCGGUAUUGCCAGUAAGGUUACCGACCGUCAGAAGAACUGCAAAGACUUUUAACACACAGUUUCAACCAGUAAAGGCAAAUAAUCAGAUUAAGUUUUCUUCGAAAUUCGAUGAAGGUUCGAAACCAAAAAAACCUAAGCUUGGACAAUGCAAGGACUUGAUUCUAAAGGUAUGAGUUUGAUGUUUUAUAUGCUUUUAGAUAAGUUUUGAUGGUUUUUGAGGCAGAAUGUGUUUCAAUUAUUAACGUCUACUACAAUUUGUCUAAAAUUAACAUUUUUAGGUAUCAACAGCCAAUGGUUUCAACGCAAAAGCUUCUUCGUCUACCGUGGAGUCUCAAGAAACACCAAAGAAGAACGGCAGAGCGAGAAGAAAGUCGGCUAGCCAAUCAAAGGAACAGAACGGUGUUUCUCACAUUGUUGCCGAAUUUAUCAGCACACUAAAAGACAAUUUGGAUUUUAAUCCGUUAUUGGAAGAAAGGUUGCCCAGAGAUCAACAAGUUCGAGCCGUAAAGGCGUUGAGUUACUAUUGGCAGAUUGAUGGGGCAGAAGAUGUGUUAAAAGGGUUGGUACAGAAGCGCUUUUUUGAUAUGUGGUAAGGAUUGGGUAUUAAUAUUGAGAUGAUUGUUUUUUAAUGGAUUGCUCUACUUUUAUUUUUAGAUUUAAAACAAUAUAAUUUACUUGUGAAGGCAUUUGUUUGUUUAAACCAAUUAACUUCAGGGCGAUAAACGAUUUCCUAACAGAAAAACUGACCUCAGGAUCAGCGGCCAUUAACGAACCGGUCGUUAAAGUGUUACUAGAACAACCGUCAGUUUUACUAUUAGAAGACACAUUCAUACAGUUGGCAAAAGCCGCCGCAAAUGACGAAUUUUGCCGGAAGAUUAUUGUUAAAAAGUCUGUUCCAAAAAUGAACCCAACAAAAUUGAUCGAAGCUUUGGAUGUGGAUGAUGCUAUCGAAUUGUUGGAGCGAUUGCUGGUGGAAUAUGUUUACUCUGGGGAGGCUACAGAGGACGAUAUUGAUAGGGUAAGAGCUUGCUUUAUAAUUGCUAUAUUGAAAGAAGGCGGGUGAAUUUAGUUGUGGGGAGAUAAAGACAGUUUUUCUACUUCUUGGAUUUGGCUACUACCAAUAGUAACGUUACAUUUUCGUUAAUAAUUAAAAAUGUAGAAUUUAGGAUUAAUAAAAAUGUAAUUUAAGAAUUUGGACACGAUUCUAUUCAUAAUCACCGGCUUAACCGACAAAUUGUUGUGGAUUAAAGAUGAAGAACAAUUGACGAAACUUCGAGAUAUUCAGUUCAGUCUGAAACAAACGGUAAGAGGUUUUUAUAAGUAUCAGUGUCAAUGGGGAUUAAUAGUAUUUGAAAGGUUUCUAAUAUUAAUAUUUGUAUAAUAAAAGGGCAUUUUUUACUUUUUUAUUGUAAGCAAUGUAAUUUAGCAAAAAUUAAAAUUUUUUAUUAUGUGACGCUAUGUUUUUAAUUAUAAAACUCAUUUUCAGUUCAAACUGUGCCGAUUACUGACGAAUGUCUUUGAAACAAACUCGAUUAUCCGAAAUCUUCCUUCGAACGCGGCCUGUCCCAACUCGGACUACAAAAUUGUUCAAUACAAGGUGGCCAAAGUGACAGAAGUCGAGUUCGAAGAAGAACAAGAGGAAAUGGAAUAA